UGCUUCUUAGGUCUUGGAUGGAUUGUAUAGUUUAUCAGAAGAGCAAUUCAAGGCCCUUGGGCCUCUUGUUGAUAGUAUUUUAUUAGACAGUAUUUAUAAGCUUUAUGAUAAAGUGACAGAUACUAAUUAUUUGUGCCUGGAUCGAUAGAUCCUAGGCGUAUAUUGUUUUUGUUCUGACUGUUUGUUUGUCCGCAAAAUUUAACAUUCGCCAUAACUUUUGAACAAUGAAAGGUAGAGACUUAUUUGGAAUGCAUACUUCACUAAUUCAGACCUCAAAUGACACCAACGUCAAUGACCUUGUGACCUUGACUGUGAAUUAUCUACAUGCUAAAAAUAGCUUUUUUAUCUGCAAACUUACUUUCUUCUCCAUGAAUUUUGAACCCUGAAAAAUAGAGACUUUAUGCAUACUUCACUAAUCAAGUUCUUUCAAAUGACACCAAGGUCAAUAACCUGGUAACCUUGACUGUGACCUAUAGACUAAAAAUAACUUUUCAGUACCUUCCCCUUAACCUUUUAACCAAAAAAGAUAGAGACUUCAUAUUUGGUUUGCAAACUUAACUUAUCAAGCUCUUUCAAAUGACAGCAAGAUCAAUGACCUUAUGACCUUGACUGUGACCUAUAGGCUAAACAUAUCUUUUUUCAUACCUUCACCAUAACUUUUGAACCAUAAGCUGAUAAGAGAUAGAGACUUCAUAGUUGGUGUGCAAACUCCACUUAUCAAGUUCUUUCAAAAGACACCAAGAUCAAUGACCUUGUGACAUUCACUGUUACCUUAGGCUAAAAAUAGCUUUUUCGAAAUUUUGUUGCCACCCGGCUCAUAGUGUUUCACAAACACAUCUUGUUUUUUUUCUCCAUUUCUUUUUGAGAAAUCUGUUUAAAUAGAAUCUACGGGUAUUUUGUACUACCUUAAUUUUUUUAGGCUGAUGCUGGGGAAGAAGAUGUCACUGUUCAGAUUUCACCCAUGAGGUUUUAUGUAACUGACGAUGCUUUCAAGUACCUCCAUGGAUUAGAUGUGAAGGAAUUUGUCGAUGAAUUCCACCUCCUUCUGAAAAGAAGUCAGCUGAGGACAUUAGGCCCAUCAGAGGUUCCAAAAGCAAGGCAAAGAAGCCAGUACAAGCAUACCCGUACUUUCUGGGAAGAAGUGGAGCUUCUUAGAAAUCUCCAUCCAGAGAAGGGGUUGCUGGGAGAAGAUGAAAUGCUCAACACAGCAGCUAAAGAAUGGAGACGGCAGGCAGAGUCUGCUUUGAAUGUUCAGGAAGGUCAUCUUGGAGGUCUGCUGAAGGAGGCAAUUGCAGUUGCGUGUCUCAGCCAGCGCUGUUUUCUUUGGGCCGAGUCUGUGACCAAGGCUUAUGCUUCCUGGAAGCUGAAGAACCAGAGCAACAAUAAAGUUAACCGUAUGCUGUUCGUGCAACUCCCAGGUCUACGAGACGAAGAGAUGGUGUUCCACCUGCUACAGUCGUUCAGGAGUGGGGAGCUGAACAAACUGGAGUUUAAUGAGAAGUUGAAGGAAGCAAAGGUAGCAGCAAGCAGAGGGAAAAAAAGACAGUUGCCAGCAUUAAAUGACUCAGAGACGGACUCUGGAAGUUUGAAAAGAAGAAAUGCCCUUCUUGAAGCCCGGAUCGUGACCCUCCAAAGAGAGAUGGCAGAUCUUAGAGACAAACUGAGAACACCCGAGACACCUGCAACGGAUGUUUAUACCUUUCACGGAAGUGAUGAUGAAGAUGCUUCGCUUCCAUCAGUGACCCCACCAAGAAGUGAAGAUGAAGAAGAGGCCCUCCAGACAAAUGAGACUGAUUCUGAGGAAGAACCUUUGUCAGAUGACAGUAUAUCUCUUCUGUUACCGACCAUCACUUACUCACGGAAUAUUGGGAAGAGGGUGUGCCAAGAAGAAACAGAACACAGAAACGGUCCCGAAGAAAACGGCUCAAAGACGGAUGAGUCAAAUGAGAGAGUUCUCCUGGAUACCCUCUCCAGAUUGGACGAACGGCAGGGAGAAGAAUGUCAGCAUGUUGAGGAAGAAGAAGGCGCUGGAGGAAGGUUUUUCACCGACGAUGAGUUCUCUAAUCUGCAGCCAGCAUUACCAGUUUGGGCCCAAGAUGAUGGGGAAUGGUUCAAGGCCAAAGUUGUGAAGAGUGGUAGCAAGGGGGUGAAAGUCCACUACAUUGGAUAUGGCAAACAACAUGAAAAGACCCUCGGGAAGACAGAAGUCAAGACAUACCGCUUUUCGGUUGGAGAACGAGUCAGGGCCAGGUGGGAAGAUGGCCACCUGUACCGGGGGACCGUGAAGAGAUCGAAAGAAAAAGUGUACACCAUCCUCUUUGAUGAUGGAGUGACCUGGGACACAGAGGAUGUGACCUUUUAAGGAUCUCUGAAGAUUUAACAUACCCAGGAGCUUCUCAACUCCUUACAAAGCCACACCUGUGCCUGAAUGUUUGCUGCUUUGAUAAAAACUUUUCUGUUAUUUAUUUUUAAUGGAUGUAUUUAUUUAUAUGAUAUGGAAAAACUGUGAUUAAAACUUU